AUGUGGCCCAGACUAUGUCAUUUAAAGGCAUAAUACACUAUAUACUUUGAAGCUUUAUCUAAUGCAAUCACAAGCACGUUUAGGUUUAUUAACUUAUUAGCAUCCCCACUGACGUAUUGUUUUGCUUUAUCCACGCAAGUGCUUUCAAACAUAUUUUAUUUUAGGAUUUUUAUUUUUAUCUCCUACAGCUGGAUUUUGCUAGUUCACUUUUAUUUCAAAUGCAGCGCAGCGAAAUGGUUCCAGCCAGCAGCAUACCAUCUCCCCUGGCCCUGCCUGGAACAGAUCUGUCAUGUCUGGCAAAUGGUAAUUCCCUUUGAUGCUAGCUCUCAAUUAGUUGCUUCCACUGUUUUUGAAUAUACCUGUGUCUGAGUUUGUAUUGGAACACGCAAAAGCACCACUUCUCAGUCUGGACACAAUUGCCAAAAGUCUAAUUUGGUCAACCUGUGUGCCUUGUUAGUUGCCUCCAGCAGCUGAUGAGUAAGGACGUGGCUGCUUAGUUUCCUCUGCUUAGUCCUCUGACUUCUAAGGUGAUUUAAUUUUCCUGAAUAUUUCCAUGUCAUCAAGGGCUCAAUAUUUUAUGGAUCUUACAAAAAGUGUAUGAUGAACGAGAAGAAGGUUCUGUGAGUUUUCAGAUGCUGGAAAUUCAUUUUGAUUGUGCACAUUCCAGAAACAUACUGGAUUGCAUGCUAGAGUGAAGAAAGCCUUCCAGACAAUUCUCCCAAUCCAAUCAUUUCUUCAGUCAUUCCGUAAAUAUCUGAGUGCUCCUUUCCUAGAUGCCAGGAUCUCUGCCUGACCCCCUCAUCCCCAACACCCCUCUUCUCCCCUCCCGCCGAGAACGUAAUGCUAUUAAAAGAGAACCUUAUCUGAAUGACAGUCACCCAGAACAAACAGUGGGAACAGUAAUGAAAUGCAGGAAAUCGGGUUUUUAAAGGUGAUUCUGUGCAAUGAAGUAUAAAAGCGAUACAGCAUAGGCUAGCUACUGUGUAAUCGCCAUUAACAUCUCUUUAGAGUUACACAGCUAAAAAGGAGAA